UAGCAAACACUGGAGCUCAGUUGCCAUACGGGUUUGAAGAAUUGUCAGCUCUCCAUAGCUAAUGGUAUUCCCAGCCAACAGCUUCUAACUUGCAGCAGAAACGAAUUACCGACGGCCCGGCCGGGACGAACUCGCCGGCGGCGUGGACUCCCGUCGAUUGAUACCUCAAAUGCUGGUUCUUCCUCCCGGGAAUUAUCUACAGGCUCACCAAUCUAGAACCCUCCUGAAACCUCCACACCUAAUUUUCCUCUCAUUUCCAUGGCCAACAUCUCAGAACCCUAAAGUUGCCGGCAGAGUCCAAAUUCGCCGCCUCUCUCCUUCUUUAGCAGCGGCCUCCCCAGCUGAUGCCCAGUCUGUUUCUCAAUCUGCCAUUGAAAGAAUCGCCGAAAAGCUUCGCAGUCUUGGGUAUGUAGAAGAAGAUGGCAAUAAAGAGAAACCAGAAGGAAUUCUCCGGCCAAGGGCGAAUUCGGCUUCUCCAGGUCAAAUUUUCAUCCCUUUGCCCACUCAACUGCCCAAGUACCGGGUUGGGCAUACCCUCGACCCGAGUUGGAGCACGCCUCAGAAUCCGGUACCCCUGCCCGGGUCAGGGAAUGCUAUACAGAGAUUCCAUGAUUUGAGGAAUGAGGUGAAGAAGGCACAUAUGGAAGAGAGGGAUAAGGGUAAAGAUGAGAAGAAAGAGAGAGUGCCUACUUCAGCUGAGCUAACUUUGCCUGCAAAGGAGCUCAGUAGGCUGAGGACCCUAGGGAUUAGGCUGAAGCAGAAGAUUAACAUAGGGAAGCCCGGGAUUACAGAGGGCAUUGUUAAUAGCAUUCAUGAAAGAUGGAGACGGUCAGAGCUUGUGAAGAUAAAAUGUGAAGACUUGUGCAAGAUGAAUAUGAAAAGAACUCAUGAUAUUUUGGAGGCAAAAACAGGAGGCUUGGUUAUUUGGAGAUCAGGAAGUACUAUAGUAUUGUACAGAGGAACUGAUUAUGAAUACCCCUACUUUGUUAAUGACAGCGCUUCAAAUAGUGAUGCUUUGACUGACGUUUCUGCUGAUAAACUCAUAGACCAUGGAGCAGGCAAUGGAGUCUCUUCUCCUACUCUGAUAAAGGGGGUAGGCUCUCCAAAUAUAGUACGAUUUGAACUACCCGGUGAGGCAAAACUUGUUGAAGAAGCUGACCAGAUGUUAGAAGGACUUGGGCCACGUUAUACUGAUUGGUGGGGGUAUCAUCCAUUACCUGUAGAUGCUGAUCUUUUGCCAGAUAUCGUCCCUGGAUAUAAGAGACCUUUCCGCCUUCUUCCAUAUGGAGUGAAACCUAUUUUAACAAAUGAUGAAAUGACAACAUUAAAGAGACUUGCUCGGCCAGUACGGUGCCAUUUUGCUUUAGGCAGGAAUAGGAAUCUUCAAGGAUUGGCUUCUGCCAUUGUGAAGCUAUGGGAGAAAUGUGAAAUUGCAAAAGUCGCUGUAAAAAGAGGAGUUCAAAACAUGAAUAGCAAGUUGAUGGCUGAAGAGCUGAAGCAUCUGACAGGGGGAAUCUUGCUGGCCAGGGAUAAGGACUACAUUACCCUGUAUAGAGGUAAGGAUUUUUUGCCUGCUGCAGUUUCCUCAGCAAUAGAAGAGCGAAGAAUGCAAACAAUUAGAGAAAAACACACACAAAACGGACAUUCAUCUGUGGUUGAUGCCAAAGAACAAACUCAAACAAUUAUAGAAUCCGCUUCCUUUGAUCAUAAUGCUUGUGUGAAUAUCAAGAGAGCAGUCCAAGAAAAAAAAUUCUUAAGUUUGAGGGAAGAAGCUGCACAGUCUAGCACGGAAUUUACCUGCGGUGUUCAGAAAACGGAGAAACUUAACAAGAAAGUUGUCCUGCAAAAAAGACUAAUAAAUUCGGUGGAAGCCGCUAUUAAAAGAACUGUAGACAAACUCGAAGCUGCACUAGAAAAGAAAGCUAAGACAGAAAAACUUAUAGAAGAGCUAGAUAUGGAAGAAAUAUCUGUACCGUCUGAUGCUGAUAAGGAAGGUAUAACUAAAGAAGAAAGAUGUAUGCUCCGCAGGGUUGGCUUGAGAAUGAAGCCUUUCUUACUCCUAGGUAGGCGAGGCAUAUUCAGUGGAACAAUUGAAAAUAUGCACCUUCACUGGAAGUAUAGGGAGUUGGUGAAGAUAAUAGCUGCGGGGAAGGGCAUUGAAGAGGUUUGGGAAAUAGCUAGGUUGCUCGAGAGAGAAAGUUGUGGGAUUUUAGUUGCUAUUGAGCAAACCAGUAAGGGUUAUGCCAUCAUUGUUUACCGUGGUAAAAACUAUAUACCCCCUGCUUCCUUGAGACCUCUGACACUUUUAAGCAAAAGACAAGCUAUGAAGCGUUCUAUAGAGGCUCAGCGCCGUGAGUCCUUGAAACUUCAUGUGUUGAAGCUUAACCAGAACAUAGAAGGCUUGAGGCUGAAAUUGGCAGAAGAUAGGGAAAUAGUUGAUGUCAAACUGAAAGAGCUAAAAACUGAAGAACAGGAAUUGCAGCAAAACUUUUCUAUCCAAUCUGAAAAUAAGAUUGAGGCUGAUUUGAAUACUUGUGCACUGAAUAGUAGGGACACAUUGUCCACUAUGGAAAUUGAAAAUGUACCAAAUUUGAGUUCAGAAAAUGGAAGAUGUAUGGAAGAUAAGGAAAAUACUGGUGCCCAACUCAGUGUGUCAAGUGCUGAAGAAUUGAAAACACAUUGUUUUAUGCAAUCUGAGAACAAGGAUGGAGUUACAUUUGAUGCUAGUGAACCCUUGCAUUGGGACAAGUUGUCCAGGAAAAGAAUUGAUAGUGUGGCAAAUUUUGAAGCAGACAAUGUAAACUGUGGAACUGCAUCCAGUGAUCCUGCUUUCAGAGAUCAGACAAGUUCUUCAUUCAUAGGCGGAAUUGAGAAGAUGCUAGAUUUUGACAUGGAACCUGUUGUGUCUCAUGUUAGUUCUCUAAAAACAGAGGUAAAACAAUGCCUUGUGGAGAACAAAUUCCAAGCAGUAACUUCCAGAACAUCACCUCUUUCAAAUAAAGAAAGAUUUAUUCUUCGAAAAGAAGCACUUGCUAUGAAAAAACCUCCAGUACUUGCCAUAGGGAGAAGCGAUAUGGUUACUGGUGCGGCCAAAGUGUUGAAAGCACACUUUAAGAAGCAUCCUCUUGCCAUUGUGGAUGUCAAAGGCAUAACAAACAGGACUUUAGUGAGAGAGAUGACAUCUGAGCUAGAGCAAGCGACAGGCGCUUUCCUUGUUUGUCAUGAAACAAACCAAGUUAUAUUGUACAGAGGUUGGGGAGUUAUAUGAGGGUGGUUAACCCAACUCUAACUGCCCAUGCCAAAGCCAUUCGAGAGCAGGAGAUGAUUCAGCCACCACUUGUGCCCCCCAAGCUUAUAUCUGCAAUCCAAUCCAGGCGUGCCCCGCAAUAGAACCACGAAGAAGAUGCCGAUUUGCAGCAACCCGAUAACUUUGAGAGUUGAGAUCUACUGGAUUCUUUGGUUGUUUGGCAUUGCAUAUGUCUAGGUUGCCCAUUUUCUUUCUUUCUUUCUCUUUAUCUGUUUAUUUAGAACAUCUAUUUACAUUAACCAUUUUCUCUACCUUCUCCAUUUUCCCUAGCCCCAAGAGGAACAUUAAUGAUACCUUACACAAAGUUUUACCUCUUACUAAUGUUGUGUUGGAGUUUUCUGAUGUUGACAACAUAAAAAUGAAUGUGUAACCAAUUCCUUUUCAAUUUAAAGGUGGUGAUGAAUGGAUUGAGUUUGGGUGGAUGAUAAAUGAAUCAAGUGUUGGAUA